AUCCGUCACGGAGCUGUAGCUGGUGGCUAGAGCGGAAGUGACGCGUUUGUGCGGCCGGUGUGAUGGCUGGAGACGGAGGAGGAGGCCGGAGUUGUUGAAGUCGAAGGCGUCAGCUGUGUGCGGAGACAAUGCGGCCUCUUACAUAUCUUCCAGUUUCUUUAGCAAGAGGAAGUUAAUUCCAGGAGUUACGACCACCGCUGCAGGUCAGGAUGGGAGCUGCUACUCAUGUGUGCCUAUGUGGGCUACCACUGUCCCGUCCACCGGAGAGGCUGGCGAUUUUGCUGUAGUGUGCAAGCACGGCCACUGCUGCUGGAUUGCUCAAUCAUUUUUCUGAGGUCCACCCCCGUGUCGUAGCUGAAAGCCAGUACCAUGAGAAUGGCCGGACAGUUCCGAAGCUACGUGUGGGAUCCCGUCCUGAUCAUUUCUCAGAUAGCAUUAAUGCAGUUCAUCUACUACGGCUGCCUGGGCCUCUGGAUCGCAUUGCUGGACGCCUUGAUUCACUACAGUCCUUCUCUCGACCAGUUAUUUAAUUGUGAACUCCUGGGAUUUUCUUCUGUACACGGGAGGAUCUCCAUGAUGGCUUUCAUCUUAAACUCUUUAACCUGCGCCUUGGGACUUCUCUACUUUAUCCGCAGGGGAAAGCAGUGCCUGGAUUUCACUGUGACAGUCCAUCUGUUUCAUAUGGUGGGAUGUUGGAUAUAUAACGCUCACUUCCCUAGCACAAUCACCUGGUGGCUACUGAUGUUUGUAUGCAUUGGCCUAAUGGCAGUGACUGGCGAGUAUCUGUGUCUGCGGACUGAACUCAACGAGAUCCCCCUCAACUCUGCACCCAAGUCUAACGUGUAAACUGUUUUAACCCAGCAUACCUCUCCUGUUUCUUAUACUUCAGUAUUUAUCCUCCACACUGUUAGAUCUGCUAAUGGUUACUGGAGUUUGGUUAAAACGACUUCUAGAAUUGAAGCUACGGAAUGACGGAGAUCAUGGAGUAUACAAGCUGUGAGCGAGUAUGUCUGUGUAACCUUUCAGCACUUGCAUUACACACUCAAGGUUUUGGUUGUUUUUACGGAUUGGUAAUAAUUACGUCCACCUUGACCUUCUUGUAGAUUCUUUGUCAUCUUAAACUUGCAGGAAGUUUCUUGGAAGAGAAUGAAAGUUUUCCGCAUCAUCAUUUUCUCAAAAAGGUCCAUUUACAAGUGGCGGGAAAAGAAAAAAGCAAAUGGAUAGAGAUGCCAAUAAAAAGAACAUGGUAUAGAUACUAUUCUGGUAUAGUACACAAGAGAGUCAUUGACAUUGUGACAUUCUUAGUAUGGUUCUAUUUCAACCAGGGGAGGGCGGAAGACAGGGUUGUAAAGGAGGUGGGAUAUAUGUAGGCCCAUUGCUUUUCCCUUCUCUAAAGAGGCCUUGCCCUGUCCUUUGUUAGUUGGUGUCACAAGAAGAGAAGACACAAUAUGAGGGUGGUUAUACACUGUUCCUAUGACUUGGGCUAUGUCCAGGGCUUGAUGAGGUUUUAGGCAUAGAUUCUACCAUGUUCGUACCCCAUCUGCAUGCAGAUUAAAGGGAACCUGUCAACUGUAUGCUGAUCUCACUGAGGGCAGCAUAAAAUAGUGAGACGCACUGAUUUCAGCGGUGUGUCACUCAUCAGCUAAAAGUAAGUGG